CAUGGCAGAGAGGCUGAGGCGGGCUGUUGUCGUUUGUGCUGAAACGUGACUAAAGUGCCAUUAAACUCAAGUCUUCUCGGGUCGUCAUGGUCUGUUUGGCGAUGCUGUGUGUCUGAGAACCGCAGUUUGCGCGAAAGGUCCUUCAGCUUUCCCAGGACUUCAGUGAACUCGCCGACUCAGCUCAGCUAUGCAGCCCAUACACGGUGAGCGGUGUGGUCGGUCUUCCCAAACACCGCCGUCACAUCCCGUGUUUACUGAAAGAGUCUUACGGCCAGAAACAGAUUCCCCGCUAAACUGACCUUUUCCUGCCGAAUGGGAGGUUAAUAAAGUUGGUCACGGUUCGUCGUGAAGCCAAGUUCCUGUGCUACUCCGGCCACAGCUCAUAAUUAACCCGAACAGCUGAGCCGAGCGCCCCGGUCUGUUUCAACACCUGGACCACUUUGUUAUUGCACCACCCUCUGAGUUUUAUUUAAACCAAAAGGAUCUUAAAAGAAGAAGAAGACCCUCUUUACACUUAGUCACUUUAUGUUGCCCUCUGAGGAAGGUGGAGCCAUGUCUGCAAAGAUGGAACUGGCGGAGUUGCCACGCUGGGAGAUGGCUGUCUACUGGUUUUUGUCCUUCGCCUCCCACCUCUACUCCUUCUAUGAGGUUCACAGAUUCUCUAAAGAGCACGAGGAGAGUCUGGACAGGGAGGUGCAGCUGGAGAAGGGCUACCUCAUCUGGGGCUUCAGAAAGGAUCCAACAGAUUUUGAGUGGAGCUUCUGGAGCGAGUGGGCGUGGCAAUCUCUUCUCUGGACGCUGAUUGGCCACGCAGUGGUAUCCAAACUGUUUGGUGUUUACCUGCCUCAGAGCAGAAAGGUCAUCCUCACACUCUACGGCAUGUUGGCAGCGUGGUGGCUGCUGGGUUCCAGGGGUAUAGCUGUUCUGAUGCUCCACCUCAGUGUUUCAUUGGCUGUUGCCCAGCUAUGCAGUCCCAUCCUCUGCUGGGGUUGUGCCCUCGUCCUGCUCUCUACUCUACAUAUCAGCAGUUUACAGGACAUGCAGCGAGGCUGGUACGACUCAGAUGAACGCUACUACCUCUUGCUGUUCAGUACUGCAGUCUGUGCCCUUCGAUGUAUUAGCUUCAGUCUGGAGCUGUGUUGGAACCCCUUGCUGGUCAGAGCUCCAGGCCAGCAACGUUCAUCUCUACAGUUCAGAAAAAUGAGGAUGUUCAUAAUGCAGCUGUACAAUCUCACUGCCUACUGCUUCUACCAUCCACUCUUCUACAAUGGACCCAUCAUUACCUACAGAGACUUCAGCCAACAGAUGGAGAAGCCAGUGUGUAAGGUGUCAGCAGUGUGGGCACUGUGCAGAAUCAUGCGUGUGUGUGUGUGGUGGUGUUUGGCAGAGCUCAUGAUCCACCUCAUGUACAUGCACGCCAUCCAGAACAAUGAGACCUACCUCAACAUACUCCCACCUUGGGCACUGGGUGGUUUGGCUCUGGCUGUGGUUCAGUUUUUCUACGUGAAGUAUCUGGUGCUGUUCGGCGUGGGGUCUCUGCUGGUCACUCUGGACGGACUGAACCCUCCCCCCCUGCCCCGCUGUGUAAGCAUCAUGUACAGCUUCCAAGGGAUGUGGAGACACUUUGACGUUGGACUCUACAAAUGGCUCAUCAGGUACCUGUACGUGCCGCUGGGUGGUUCUCGUCGCGGAUUCUUCCAGAAGCUCGUCUCCACGGCGCUGGCGUUCAGCUUUGUGUGUUUCUGGCAUGGUUGCCAUGACUACCUGCAGUGGUGGGCCCUGCUGAACUGGGUUGGGGUUUUAGUGGAAAACGCCAUCGCUCUCUUACUGUCCUCUGCUCCUCUUCAUCACAUCAUUGUGCGAUUCCUGUCUCCGCGGAUGCAGAGGCGUGGUCUGGCGUUCAUCUCCGCCUUCUCCACCGCAAUGCUCAUCCUGUCCAAUCUGAUGUUCCUGGGUGGGAUCCACGUCAGCUGGGUCUAUUGGAAGAGAGUGUUUGUUCAAGGCUGGUCCAACGUAGCUCUUCCCAUGGUGGGCUUUCUGUACUGCUUUGCUCAGGUGGGGCUGGAUUUCGACCAAAAACAGUCACGAAGACAAAGUUCAACCACACCGUCAUCCUAGAGGUUUCCCAACUACAGACUCCAUACAUUUGGCCAAAAGUGCUAAAACAGAAUACGAGCCAUUCCGGAGUCGUCACCAUGGCGGAAGCUUCAUGGAGGUUUAAUUUGGUUAGCUGGGUUCCAGCCUGGCAGUCCAUUGUGCCAAGUCAUUUGGCUGUGCUGGCAUCUCUUCUGGACACAGCAGCUGCUGUGAUUUUCGAGAUCAAUCUACUUCUGCUAUUUUCUCUGUAGGUUUCUUGGAGUUCUGUUGUGUAUUUUUAGUGAAAUGUUGUGCACACGAUGCAAAAAAGGGGCAUAAAAUAAGAGCCUGUGGUUUUGGCCCAAUCUCUUUUCUUUUUUUUACUCCUACCCCCUUUUUAAGAGGGUCAUGUUGCCCCUUGGAACUGAGUUACAGGGCAGUGGUUGAAAUCUUCCCUAUGAAACGGGACCCUUAUAUAAAAACAGCAUCACUUCAUUAACAGCUACUGCCGCUGCUCUGUAGGCGACCCUGCCCGUCUGCAGGGACAGCAGAGGAGGGGAAAGUUCAGCUCCUCACUGCUGGGCUUUAGUUACAUUUAGGGAUCAUACGCCUUCAAAGAGGGGGGCAGUUAUAUAAUAUCAUUCACCCUUAAUUCUUCAGGGACAUGAAGUUAGAUAUUCACCAGCUUCUCAUUCAGAUUUUCACAUCCCAUCUUAAAUGGAGCCGCAGUUACAUUCUGGUGCUUCAGGCAUCAGAACUGCUGAACUAUUUAAGGUGGAACGGGAAAGUUAGCUAGCUAGCUGCAGCGAUAUCAGCACACUACUAGUGAUUUAUUUAUGCUUGUUAUAAAGAAAAGGACCCGACAUUAAACUAAGAUAAAGCUGUGGUUAUCGUAUUCUUAGACUUGUUCAGCCAUCUUACCGCUUUUUCCUUUUCCCCCAUAUCGCUCUGUCUCCUCCGUUCCCAAACGCUUACAGAGUGUUGUUGUAAGAAGAGGUGAGGAAACUCUGUGGUGAACAGGCCCCAACUUUUUUCAAACGUGUUGUUGGCCUUAAAUUCAAAAUGGGCAAACAAUAAAAUUUCAAUAAAAUGUC